CUCGGAGCAUUCAUUCCCCCUCCCCUGCUACUCGGAGCUCGCCAGCAACUAGACGCCGGUUUCGCCUGCCCCCGAAACACGCCGCCGUCUUCCACCCUUCUUCCAAAACGGACGAGGAAGCGAGAGGGCGCGAGCUGCCAUGGACGUUGGGGCUGAGGAGCUCGGCGGCGCAGCUCAGCCCCAAGCGCAGAACCUUGACCCUGGUCCUGUUGAUAAAUUUGUCCUGGUGGAACAGGAGUUUCACAAGUCAGAAGCUAUAUUUGUUGGGAAGAUCUACAAACCUGUUAGAUUUAUCGAACAUGGCACCAGGCUUAACCAGUGGGAAGUGAGACAUAAGGGAAUGCUUGCGUUAUUGCAGCGUUCUGGAUUUUACCACCUCUCUUUCUUGAAGCGGGUUCAGUUGGAUCAUGCAUUGUUAAAUGCAUUGAUUGAACGAUGGCGGCGUGAAACACAAACAUUUCACUUGCGGUUUGGAGAAAUUACAGUGCUCUUAAAGGAUGUGGCAAUUCUUACUGGGCUUCGUGUACAUGGUGCUCCUGUCACUGGCCCGACAAACUGUAAUUGGGAGCAAUUGUGCACACAGCUUCUGGGCCACGAUCCUCCACAGAUCAAAGGUGGUUCUAUCAACAUUGCAUGGCUCCAUGACACUUUCAAAACAUUACCAGACGGUGCAAAUCAGUCAGAUGUAGAGUAUGCUGCACGAGCGUACAUACUGUACCAAAUCGGCUGCAGUUUAUUUCCUGAUCCGAGUGGAACUAGAGUGCACUUGCGAUAUUUGGCCCUACUCCGUGAUUUUGAUGCCUCAGGAGAGAUGGCCUGGGGGGCUGCUGUUCUUGCCCACCUCUACAGAGAGCUUGGAAAGGCCAGCAUGAAGGGCAAAGCGAACUGCUGUGCGUUUCUCACUCUUCUUCAGAUAUGGGCAUGGGAGCAUAUCCAGAUAGGCUGUCCUGAACGACUAGAGAAUAAGGCUCUACCUGAUGACUCGCCUCUUGGUUGCAGGUGGAAUGUUGCAUUCAAGAACCGUGAAAAUGUCCGAUCCAUGGACCAUGAGUUCUACAGGCAUGGGCUUGAUACUAUAUCAGAUUCUCAGAUCACAUGGGACCCGUACACACCAAACCUGAUAGCUGGGCUUCCUGCAACAUGUACAUUUGGAUCUGCAGUUUGGCGAUCAAGGACGCCAUUAAUAUGCUUCCAGAUAGUGGAAAUGCAUGUGCCUGAUCGUGUAUUACUACAAUUUGGAAUGGUGCAGCACAUACCAGACCUGGUUGAGGCUAUUGAACGUGUUACAAUGCAGGGUAAAGCUGAUCAAGAUUGGCCUACUUACCAUGAUAAGUACAUUAAACAAUGGCAGAACAGGCUCUUCUCUGUUGUCGAGCAACAGGAUACAGGGAAUUCAAAUCCUACUCAUGCAAGGAAUUGUUACCUUGAAUGGUAUUGGCGAAUUACACGUCGAUGGAUCUCCACUCCUGUUGAAUGUCCAGUUAUAUCGUAUGAGUUAUCUGGGCAGACUGAUAAAAUUCUGCAGGUUGAUUUGGUAAGUACAGUACAGGGACGAAUUAGAACUUUGUUAAGUGAAACUGAUGCAAAAAGAAUAAAUGAAUCACUUACUGAUAUUGAUGUGUACAUCACUGUUAAAAUGGCGGAGGCUAAGCAGAUUAUGCAAAGUGGCUUUCUAGCUGGCACGGGAAUUGGGAGGUCUAAAUCAGCCAUGAUCUUUUCAAAUAAUGUGGAUCCUCCCCAAGCUACUGUUGCGAAGAUGGAACAAAUCAGUGAUGAUCAUGUCGAGGGAGACACUAUACUGCAAUUGGAUCAAAUGAGGAGAAUUCAACCCACAGGAGGAGCUGCUGAUUUAGCACCUCUCACAACAGGUGAUACCACAAGCAACAAAACUGAGGAUGUUCAUCCACAGGGAGAUCCUCUUGAUAUAACCAUGACAGAAGUAAAUAUCCAGGACAUUAUUAGCACACCUGUAGAGGAUGCUAUGACAAAUGUUAUGAACACAUCUGCAGAGGAUGCUACACUGGAGGAUAUUUCAGAUUCAGAAGUGAAGAAUGAUUAUGCGUCCAUAGCGACUGUGGAAAUGCAGGAGACUGUUGGAUCGGUGGACCAAAUCUACAAAAAGAUUACAGCUGAAUUGCAGGAGUUUGGUGGUGCACCUUUGAUUAAUGGUCAAGGAACAAUAUGCAAACCUUCAGUCCUUCCAGAAUUCGAAAAGAUUUUGGGUAUAUCAUCAAAUAAUGAGCAAUUGGAUAAGAUCACUGGUGCAUCUGAGAAUGAUGUUAUAAUUGAGGAAGCUGUGGAGACAAGAUCAAAGAAUAUUACAGGUCGUCGACCUUUUACUGCCAGUAGACCUGGAGAUACCUUGAAUACAUCUAAGAAGUUAAGUUCAAUGCCAAGUGAUGUUGAAUCUCCCUAUGUCUCUGAACAGGAAGAACCUGAUGCUGCAAUUCCAGGCCCUGACAAACAGCAAGAUGCUGUCCAGACAAAGCUUGAGGAUACUGUUGCUCAAGGUGGAGCUGAUGCUAUGCAAAAUCAAAUAUUUCAGGAGAAUACCAAGGACCCAAUUGAAAAUGGCCAUUGGCAAAAACCUGUUGCUAUACCUGCUGAAGAUUUGCCUAUCAGUAGUGCUGGAGAGGUAACUCCGAGAGUUGUUAAUUCAUUCACUGGAGAAGGAAAUGAUACAAUUGGACAGGUGGAAUCUGCUGGGGAUGAGGACCUUGGCAAUCCAGGUCCAAACGAACUAUCUAAAAGGAGGAAAUUGAUGGUUCCCUCCCACGAAAAUUCUGAGUUUUGUUUAACCAUAGAGGCUACUAAAAUGGGAACUGCAAAGAAAACAGAUCAGAAUGUAAGAAGUGGCAGUGGCCAGUUGAUAGCAUUCACAAGAAGGAAACGAAAGCACUUAUGCAAUCAUCGCCCUGACUCCUAAUACUGUUUUUGUUACUUUAGGCAAUAUAUUCAGAAGCUAUUUUGUUUAUGUAUGUUUUAGAGUACAAUGGAUGUGAAUUCAGCAGAAUCUUCUUACCAUGAUGUGUAGCCAAGGCAUCAUGCCAAAGGAAUAUCUGAAUCCUUUUCAGAUAAGGAAUAUCUGAACCAAGAUGUGACUAAGAUAUCCAGACUUGUUCCUCCUGUAA